AUGAGAGAAAUCGUGCACAUACAGUGUGGGCAGUGCGGAAACCAGAUAGGCGCCAAAUUCUGGGAAGUCCUCUCAGACGAGCAUGGCAUUGACCCCACUGGCACGUAUCACGGAGAUUCUGACCUGCAGUUGGAGCGCAUCAAUGUUUACUACAACGAGGCGACAGGAGGGAAAUAUGUCCCCAGGGCAGUUCUGGUCGAUCUGGAACCUGGAACGAUGGACAGUGUCCGAUCUGGGCCAUUCGGACAGAUCUAUCGGCCAGACAACUUCGUUUUCGGCGCAUCGGGCGCAGGCAACAACUGGGCCAAAGGUCACUACACAGAAGGUGCUGAACUCUGCGACUCCGUUCUGGAUGUGAUCAGGAAAGAAGCAGAAGGAUGUGACUGCCUACAAGGUUUCCAGCUGACACAGUCGCUAGGAGGAGGUUCAGGAUCUGGCAUGGGCACGCUGGUCAUCAGCAAAGUCCGCGAGGAGUACCCAGAUCGAAUCAUGAGCACCUACUCAAUCGUUCCGUCUCCCAAAGUCUCCGAUGUUGUGGUUGAGCCGUACAAUGCUACUCUAUCCGUACAUCAGCUGGUCGAAAACACGGAUAUGACGUACACAAUCGACAACGAGGCUCUGUACGACAUAUGCUUCCGGACGUUGAAGCUGACCACCCCCACCUAUGGAGACUUGAACCAUCUGAUCUCCGCGUCCCUGUCCGGCACAACAACAUGCCUGCGCUUCCCCGGCCAGCUGAACUCGGACUUGAGGAAACUGUGCGUCAACAUGGUGCCCUUUCCUCGCCUACAUUUCUUCAUCCCAGGCUUUGCUCCUCUGACGUCCAGGGGAUCCCAGCAGUAUCGAGCCAUCACUGUGCCAGAGCUCACCCAGCAGAUGUUUGAUGCCAAGAACAUGAUGGCCGCUUGCGAUCCCAGGCAUGGGCGCUACCUGACAGUGGCUUGUAUCUUCAGGGGCAGGAUGUCCAUGAAAGAGGUGGACGAACAGAUGCUCAAUGUGCAAAAUAAGAACUCCUCCUACUUCGUGGAGUGGAUCCCUAGUAACGUGAAGACGGCUGUCUGUGACAUCCCACCCAGGGGCUUGAAGAUGUCGUCAACAUUCAUUGGCAACACCACGGCCAUCCAGGAGCUGUUCAAGCGAGUGGCAGAGCAGUUUACAGCCAUGUUCCGACGCAAGGCCUUCUUGCACUGGUACACGGGGGAAGGCAUGGAUGAGAUGGAGUUCACUGAGGCAGAGUCCAACAUGAACGACUUGGUGUCAGAGUACCAGCAGUACCAGGACGCCACCGCUGAAGAGGCUGGCGAGGCCGAAGAAGAAGAGGAGGAGGAGAACACGUAA